GUGUAGUUCAACACUUGUAAUGUAUGGGCAGUCAUACUAUUAUAUAAUUUAAUAAACUGAAAUGAUCUUGAUAAUAGUUACUAGUACGGUAUAACUAUUUAAUAAAUGUCUUACUGUUACAGUGUUAUAGACUAUACUUAUAUUUAUAGUGUAUGUAAUUGUAUUGAACACUUGAUUAGCACCGGUAUGUCUGAGUCCGCACACACACGACCGCCAAUUAGAGACAAUUUGCCGACAAUGAGAAGUCCAUCGGAUCCGAUGGAUGGGUGCAUCUCAUCGCCAGUGUUCGCCAAUGAGAUCAACUCAUCGGAGAUCACAUUAGCAGAGGUGGUAGGGGAGGGCGCGUACGGAGUGGUGCGACGCGGCGUCUGGAGGGGACAGGAGGUGGCCGUCAAACGGAUCGAGACGGACAGGGAGUGGAGGGCCUUCAAGACCGAGUUGAGGCAACUGUCCCGUGUGUCUCAUCCCAAUAUCGUGCGCCUGUAUGGCGCCACUCAAGACCCGGGGUUCGUGUCUCUGGUCAUGGAGUAUGCAGAGGGCGGCAGUCUAUACGACAUUCUCCAUACGGCUCCGCACGUGCCGUACACUCUGUCUCACGCCAUCUCGUGGGCGCUUCAGUGCGCUCGCGGUGUGGCAUAUCUGCACGCAAUGCGACCCAAGGCUCUCGUCCACCGGGACCUCAAACCCCCGAAUCUACUGCUAGUGAACGGCGGGACUGUACUUAAAAUAUGUGACUUCGGAACCGUGUGUGACAUCCGCACAACUAUGACCAAUAAUAAGGGUUCGGCCGCAUGGAUGGCACCCGAAGUUUUUGAGGGCUGUAACUACACGGAAAAGUGUGAUGUCUUCAGUUGGGGAAUCAUUUUGUGGGAAGUGUUGGCUCGUAAGAAGCCAUUUGCUGAGAUGGGAGGGUCGGCCUACUCUAUCAUGUGGGCCGUACACAGUGGACAGAGACCACCACUCCUCCGGAACUGUCCGCAAGUAAUCGAGAAUCUGAUGACAAAAUGUUGGACUAAAGAGCCGACAGAGAGACCAUCGAUGGAAACGGUGGUGAAGACUACGGAACAGGUAUUUCUGUUCUGUUCAGAGCACGCGAAUGAGCCCAUUAUACACACUAUCGCUCAAUCAAGGGGUACGGCUGCUGAUGCCGACAACCGCCUGUCCCCCACUGACUACAGUAUAGGCCAACAAAUAGGGACCAUAUUAGACGCUCCCCGACAGGGAGUGACUGAACCGCCAGUUUCAAACACCGGUACUAAUGAUGGCGUCCCUCACGACCCGCAGCAAAGUUGGCAAAACAGCCCUACUUAUAGUGAGCCCCCAAAUGUGUCCCGGUUUAUAAACCUUGCGAACUAUAGCUCAGACUUUUUACGACACAAUAAACCCCGAAAAAUAUCCGAAGAGCGGACCCAUAGAGUGGGCGACGAAUCAAAUCAGUCUUUUCGCGGACACAGGCGCUCGAAGUCAAGCGGAACUCCUGUCUCUAUAACCGACAGUUCCACCCAUUCCUCGCACAAUAAGUGGCGUUCACUCAUCGGUCUGAACGAUAACCGGACGAUCCCUCCCAGUAGUUCCCAAUCACCACAAGCGAGUGGUGGUCUAUGCGAAUGGCCUAAACUGUUGAUCACUCCCAGAGAUAAUCCCAUUCCACGUCCCGAGCCGUCCAGAGCCGGUCCCACGAAUCCACUUCCCGACGAUUUCCACUCAUAUAUGGUGUUGGAGUCGGACUUACAGCCCAUACAACCGGACACUAAUGACAAGGAAUCCGUGGAUAUAUACGAAGAGCACAAACGCCUGUCCCGGGAGUUCCGGCGCCUGAAAACGGAAGAAACGUUUGUGUCGUCCCGGAAGCGGGAGUUGGAGACCACGGACUCACUCGAGGAGUACAUCGGACUCCGGGAUGAGAACCGUCGCCUCCGUCGCCUCCGUCAACUCAAAGGCUAUUUAAUAAGUCGACUGAAUUUGAUUAGACAUAAACACCGCCAGAGGGAGGCUGAGAGGGAUGGCGAUUGGGUUUUGGUUGACCGCACCGACACUUAAUACAAAUAGCAAAUUCUUGGCCUGAUGAUUUUAGAUGAGUAAUACAUUUAAG